AUGGCUGAGUGCUAUAACCUUCCUCAAGAUUGCAAUAACCUAGCGAUUCAGCAACUUCCAGGUCUUAUACUACCUACUGGUAGCCUCAAGAGGUCCUCCAAGACACACCAAUUCUUGCCUCUGAAACAAAUCAUCAACAAGGAUGAUAACCAAGAUAGCCCUGCGCCUAACAAACCGCUAAUGCUAACAAUCCCGCUAGCUGGUAAAUAUUGCGGGUCUUAUCGAGGGUGGCUGAUCUUGGAGGACAGAAACGAGGAAGCAUUCACCAAUAAAAUAAACAAGGACAUGCUUGUCCUGAAUCCUGUCUCGGGUGAAAAAUUCGAACUUCCUGAUGUGUCCACACUCCCUCCUUAUGGCACAGGCGGUGUUCCAUCAUGGUAUCCUAGAUCAUGCUCUAUUGAGAAAGUUGUUUUAUCUUGUUGUCCAAACCCCUUAGAAGCAAAUUCAUGCUUGGUCUUGGCCAUUUAUAACUAUGGUCAGAUUGCUUAUUGCAAAUUGGGAAACAGAGAGUGGAGAAGCAUUGGAUUUGGACAUUCUUCAAUUGACCACGAGGGUUAUUUGGACGCGGUUUAUUGCCACGACCGGUUUUAUGUGUUGCAUGUAACUAAGAAGUUAUUCGUCUGUAAUUUCGACGGGUCUGAUCUAUGUAUCAAUGAAUUGAUAAACAGUGUUCCACGCACUCGGAAUUCCAGUUUCAAAACGUUCGAGCAUCUAUACUUGGUGGAAGCACAAGGCGAGUUGUUGAUUGUGGUGCGCAGAAAGGACGGAGGUGAUCAACCUGCACUAACCUCACAGUUCCUAUUGUACAAACUGGAUUCCGAUUCCUAUUAUCGGGAUAAACAUGAAAAAGUUAAUGACUAUGAUUGGGAUAAACAUCAAGUCGGGAGUUUGGGUGAUUAUGCCCUAUUUCUGGGACCAACGCAGAUGCAACCAUUUACUUUACCAGAGUCAGAGGCAUCGAGCUUGAAGGGAAAUUGCAUCUAUUACACGGAUCAAUCUGUCAAUGCAAAGGGCUGCAAGAAUAAGCAAAUAAGAUAUGAUGCAGGUGUCUAUAACUUGGAGACCGCUUGUUUUGAGCAAUUCCGUACUACUUCCUCCACAAAAAAGAUGCAUAUGAUUUGGAUUACCCCCCAUGGCAUAAUGUAG